AUGGUGCUGCACUACGCGUGGGUGCUCGGGUUCGGCUUCGGCUGCCUGCCGUUCCGGACGGCCGUCACGUGGAUGCUGACGGCGCAGAUCUCCGGCGGGCUGUUCCUUUCGUUUGUGUUCGUGCAGAGCCACAACGCCAUGGAGAUCUACAACGAGGCCAAGGACUUCUACACCGCCCAGAUUGUGACCACGCGUAAUGUGAGUGACGGGCUGUUCAACGACUGGUUCACGGGCGGGCUGAACAAGCAGCUGGAGCACCACCUGUUCCCCACCAUGCCACGGCACCACCUGGGCAAGACGUGCAAGGCAGUGAAGGAGCUGUGCGAGAAGCACGGGCUUGCCUAUGAGAAGGUGUCCUUCGCCAAGGGCACCCUGUCCGUGCGCGCCUCGGCGUCGAAUGCGCCGGCAGUUGCGGAGGAAACGGCGGAGAAGACGGAGAAAGCGGAGAAGGGGGAUAAGAAAGCCUCUUCGCGGGGACCGUCGGCGGCGGGUCCGCCGGCGUCGGGGAAAGCGGGAGGUGCGGGGGGCAAGGCGGAAUUGAUCGACGUAUCACAACUGUUCGGGUUCGAGGAGGUGGACUACCCCGUGCUGGAAUCAGAGGAGCUCUUCGUGCGCAAGGCUGGCGAGGAGAUCACCCAGCAGCUGUACAACUUCGAGGACAAGGGCGGCCGCCGCGUGGCUCUGCGCCCCGAGCUCACUCCCUCGCUCGCCCGCCUCGUGCUGCAGAAAGGCAAGUCGCUGCCGCUGCCGGUGAAGUGGUUUGCGAUUGGGCAGUGCUGGCGCUACGAGCGCAUGACACGUGGCAGGCGCAGGGAGCACUACCAGUGGAACAUGGACAUCCUCGGAGUGCCGGGAGUGGAGGCGGAGGCGGAGCUGCUGGCGGCAGUGGUGGCGUUCUUCACACGCGUGGGGCUCUCCUCCAAGGACGUCGGCAUCCGCGUCUCCAACCGCAAGGUGCUGCAAGAGGUGGUGGAGGGCAGUGGUGUGCCCGCUGACAAGUUCGCAGCAGUGUGUGUGGUGGUGGACAAGAGGGACAAGAUCGGGGAGGGGGCGGUGGGGAAGGAGCUGGCGGAGCUGGGGGUGGAGGAGGCGGCAGCACGGGCCAUCCUCACCACCAUGAACAUCACAUCGCUGCAGCAGCUUAGAGAGCACAUGGCAGCGAGUGGGGGGCAGGAGGGCGGCAGUGCAGCGGUGGCGGACUUGGAGCGGCUCUUCUCCCUCGCCGAGGCACACGGCUUUGCCGAGUGGCUCGAGUUUGACGCCUCUGUUGUGCGCGGCCUCGCUUACUACACUGGCACCGUCUUUGAGGCGUUUGACAGGGAGGGGGAGCUGAGGGCCAUCUGUGGAGGGGGGCGGUACGACCGCCUGCUCUCCACCUUUGGGGCUGCCUCCGACACACCCGCCUGCGGCUUUGGCUUUGGGGACGCUGUCAUUGUGGAGCUUUUGAAACAAAGAGGCCUUUUACCAUCGCUCCAACAGACAGUAGAUGACAUUGUUGUUCCUCUUGACCAAUCACUCAACGGCGCUGCUGCAUCCGUGGCAGCUCGGCUACGCGAGAAGGGCAGGCGGGUGGACCUGGUGCUUGAGAACAAGCGGCUGAAAUGGGCGUUCAAGCAGGCUGAGAGAGUCAAUGCGUCAAGGAUGAUCAUUCUGGGUUCAACAGAGUGGGAAAGGGGGGUAGUCAAAGUGAAGGACCUUGCUGCUAGGGAAGAGGGUCGUGGUGGUUGCGAGGGCGAGGUCACCAAGGCUCGUGUCGCAGCCGUGGAGACCGUCGCCAGUAAUGCAGGCGGGCUCACGAAGCGAUCCGUCGCCGGAUCCAACGGCAAUGCGGCGAAGCAGUUCACCAUGGACGAGGUGUCCAAGCACAACCGCUCAGGGGACGCCUGGGUGGUCGUCCAAAACAAGGUGUACGAUGUGAGCGACUUCGCCGACCGGCAUCCAGGCGGGCGCGUGAUCUACUCGCUCGCGGGUCGCAACGCCACUGACGUGUUCGCCGCCUUCCACAAGCCGUCCACCAAAUCGUUCCUCGCCACGCUGCAAAUCGGCGAGCUCAAGGAAAGCGAGGUCGAGCCGACGGGCGAUCUGCUUAAGGACUUCCGCGAUCUGCGGUCGUCGUUCGAGGCGAAGGGGUACUUCAAGAGCAAUCCCGCGUAUUACCUGUUCAAAGUGCUGUCGACGUUCGCCAUUGUCGCCGCCAGCAUCGCCAUCAUCAUGUGGACCUCCGACCCGCGCUGGGUGCUCUUCUCCGGCAUGCUUCUCGGCCUCUACUGGCAACAAGUCGGCUGGCUCUCGCACGACUUCCUUCACCACCAGGUGUUUCAAUCGCGGUCCUGGAACACGUUCAUCGGCGGGUACAUCCACGGCAACCUGGCUAUGGGCUUCAGUACCAACUGGUGGAAGAACAAGCACAACACGCACCACGCCGUGCCCAACGAAUGCGACAAAGAGUACCGCCCAAUCGACCCCGAUAUCGACACGCUGCCGUACUUAGCGUGGAGCGAGGACAUUCUCGCGACCGUCAAGAGCAAGACCAUUCGCUCGCUGCUGCGCUACCAGAGCCCGCUCUUCUUCCCUAUCCUCUCCUUCGCCCGUUUCGCCUGGUCGUACGCGAGCCUGACUUACUGCUUCUCGGACGAGGUGCCUGAGAAGGAGCGCUUCUGGGAGCGGCUGUUCAUGGUGCUGCACUACGCGUGGGUGCUCGGGUUCGGCUUCGGCUGCCUGCCGUUCUGGACGGGCCUUAUGUGGAUGCUGACGGGGCAGAUCUGCGGCGGGCUGUUCCUGGCGGUGGUGUUCGUGCAGAGCCACAACGCCAUGGAGAUCUACAACGAGGGCAAAGACUUCUACACCGCCCAGAUUGUGACCACGCGUGAUGUGAAUGGCGGCUUCUUCAACGACUGGUUCACAGGCGGGCUGAACAGGCAGCUGGAGCACCACCUGUUCCCCACCAUGCCCCGACACCACCUGGGCAAGACGUGCAAAUCAGUGAAGGAGCUGUGCGAGAAGCACGGACUCGUCUAUGAGGAUGUGUCAUUUGCCAAGGGCACGUCGCUGGUGCUCGAGCAUCUCAGCAGAAUCGCAGAGAAGGCCUGA